AUGGAGAUAGUUGGUUUCAUUCCCAAGUGUGGAAACAUGAGGUACACAAGGAGAAGUGCAUAUCAUAAGCUCAAGAGCAACAAUGAGGUGAGUAAUUGUACUAAUAAUAAUGUUUCUAUGUUAGGAUCAAGAAAAUUAAAAAUUACAGAAAAAAUGUCAGAAGUUCAACCAAAGAUCUUCAGGUUAUCAACAAAUCUAUGGAAAAAGUUAAGAGAUGGUUAUGUGCAUGGUAUGCUAUGUAUGGCUGCACAUGUUGCUCACUUCAACAAUGGUGAAAUUUAUUUUUUCAAGAAGGUCCAUUAUAAUGAUGCUGAUGAUGUUCUUUAUUUGAAAUCCUCAUGA